CCCUCCCUCUCUCCCUCAGUCCCUCCCUCCCUCUUCUCUCCUCCUCUGCCUCCUCCACAGCCAGACCGGCUCCCUCCCACAUCUGGCGCCUAGAGACCCUUGGGAGCCCGCGCGCACUCCCCUGCACCGGCACGCGCCCGACAGCGCCCCCAGAGGGCUCGGGUCGCUCGUGGAGGUGGCCAGAGCCGCGGUCCCCUGUCCCCCACCGACGGCUGGGGGGAGGGGGGAGGAGGCCGCGCGCCCCCUCCCCGCCGCCAACUCCCCCUGGCGGCCGCUCCCAUGGGUGUCGCUGGGCCGCGCCAUGCCUAAGGGGGCGCCGCGAUGGGCCAAGGGGACGAGAGCGAGCGCAUCGUGAUCAACGUGGGCGGCACGCGCCACCAGACGUACCGCUCGACGCUGCGCACGCUGCCCGGCACGCGGCUCGCCUGGCUGGCGGAGCCCGACGCCCACAGCCACUUCGACUAUGACCCUCGCGCCGACGAGUUUUUCUUCGACCGCCACCCGGGCGUCUUCGCGCACAUCCUGAACUACUACCGCACGGGCAAGCUGCACUGCCCGGCCGACGUGUGCGGGCCGCUCUACGAAGAGGAGCUGGCCUUCUGGGGCAUCGACGAGACGGACGUGGAGCCCUGCUGCUGGAUGACUUACCGCCAGCACCGCGACGCCGAGGAGGCGCUCGACAGCUUCGGGGGCGCCCCGCUGGACAACAGCGCCGACGACGCGGACGCCGACGGCCCUGGCGACUCGGGCGACGGCGAGGACGAGCUGGAGAUGACCAAGCGCCUGGCGCUGAGCGACUCCCCGGAUGGCCGGCCCGGCGGCUUCUGGCGCCGCUGGCAGCCGCGCAUCUGGGCGCUCUUCGAGGACCCCUACUCGUCCCGCUACGCGCGGUAUGUGGCCUUUGCCUCCCUCUUCUUCAUCCUGGUCUCCAUCACCACCUUCUGCCUGGAGACCCACGAGCGCUUCAACCCCAUUGUGAACAAGACGGAGAUUGAGAACGUUCGGAAUGGCACGCAGGUGCGCUACUACCGGGAAGCCGAGACAGAGGCCUUCCUCACCUACAUCGAGGGCGUCUGCGUGGUGUGGUUCACCUUCGAGUUCCUCAUGCGUGUCGUCUUCUGCCCCAACAAGGUAGAGUUCAUCAAGAACUCACUCAACAUCAUUGACUUUGUGGCCAUCCUCCCCUUCUACUUGGAGGUAGGCCUAAGUGGCCUGUCCUCCAAGGCCGCCAAGGAUGUCCUGGGCUUCCUGCGAGUCGUCCGCUUCGUGCGUAUCCUGCGCAUAUUCAAGCUGACCCGUCACUUUGUGGGGCUGCGGGUCCUGGGCCACACGCUCCGUGCCAGCACCAAUGAGUUCCUGCUGCUCAUCAUCUUCCUGGCCCUGGGCGUGCUCAUCUUUGCCACCAUGAUCUACUAUGCAGAGCGGAUAGGGGCACAGCCCAACGACCCCAGCGCCAGUGAGCACACGCACUUUAAGAACAUCCCCAUCGGCUUCUGGUGGGCUGUGGUCACCAUGACGACACUGGGCUAUGGAGACAUGUACCCGCAGACGUGGUCUGGCAUGUUGGUGGGAGCACUGUGCGCGCUAGCGGGUGUGCUGACCAUCGCCAUGCCCGUGCCUGUCAUUGUGAACAAUUUUGGGAUGUACUACUCCUUAGCCAUGGCUAAGCAGAAACUACCAAAGAAAAAAAAGAAGCAUAUUCCACGGCCACCGCAGCUGGGAUCUCCCAAUUAUUGUAAAUCUGUCGUAAACUCUCCGCACCACAGUACUCAGAGUGACACAUGUCCGCUGGCCCAGGAAGAAAUUUUAGAAAUUAACAGAGCAGAUUCCAAACUGAAUGGGGAGGUGGCGAAGGCCGCGCUGGCGAACGAAGACUGCCCCCACAUAGACCAGGCCCUCACUCCUGAUGAGGGCCUGCCCUUUACGCGCUCGGGCACCCGCGAGAGAUACGGACCCUGCUUCCUCUUAUCAACCGGGGAGUACGCGUGCCCACCUGGUGGAGGAAUGAGAAAGGAUCUUUGCAAAGAAAGCCCUGUCAUUGCUAAGUAUAUGCCGACAGAGGCUGUGAGAGUGACUUGACCAGGCGGCUUGGCCGAGGACACUGGUGGCUAUUAAGCAUCUGGGUGGACCUGCAGCCCCUCCUCACCCUCGGACCGAGUAAUUCACGCCAUGCAGGUUUGCCGGACGAGUCCGAGUGGCACAGGCAUUGUACUAGGACGGACGUAGCUUUUUCUACGGCCAAAUGGUAACCGACCGUAGAGGAUUUCUUUUUCUUCCUUUCAUUUUUUAAAAAGUUUAUUUUAUUUGGGAAGGGGGGUGGAGGGGUUCCUUAGCAUGACUUGCAUGCAGUUAAACAGAAAACCCAGCAAACCAAACCCACUAACCCCCUCCAACUGUAUGAUUACCCUAAACAACAAUAAUGAAAAGAAACAGCAAAAGUCCCAUAUUUUCUUUCAGAGCUCUUUACUUUUACACACAUUGGUGGAGCCCAACGGUAACAGCGUUCGGUAGAAGCCUGUACAUUUCUGGGAGUGGUGGUGGGAGGGCUGGGAAGGAAAGACAGGAUGGAGAAUGGAUUGCUUCCCUGUUUGUACACAAGAUGGAAAGGAAAGGUUCCGAAAAGGGCAGUCGGUCAGUCAUCGGUCAUAUUGACCUCACCUUCAUAGUUCAUCUCUCACGCGGAAACCGAGAACUUUGCUUCAAAUAGAAUUGUGGAAACUCGCACUGCCGCCCUCUUCUGUUUGGCAUGCUUGUGACCCAGCAGACGUCUCCCCAAGACCCAGACAGCGGCUAGUCUAGGUUGAUGCUGUCAUCUUACCAGUGUGUAGAUCCAGCGUGACCAACUUUCAUAACAAAUUGUUCAUAGUAAAUACUCAGCGCCACAUGGAUUUUCUAAGUGUUAUUUUAAAACCAGUAUGUAGCGCACCAGAAGUUCAGGACAAGAGGGGCGCUCCCCUCUUACCAAGGCACAACCUGGCACUGUAUGCAAUUUAGUACUUCAGAGUUAAAAACUGCAUGCCCAAUGUUAUGCAAAGCGAUUCGAGCAUGAGAAAUAAAUUUUGUACCAUGGUUCUGUAUAGUCUAAAGCAGAUUUGUUUUCCUGAAGCAAUUGGAGGUUUGCAGAGACACGCUUCUGCAUCUCGAAUAAAUAUAGUAUUUUCCCAACAGAAACAGAGGACAGUAGCUUGGCUUUGGUCUGAUUCUAAAAUUAGUUGGGGGGGGUGGUAUUUUUGAAAAACACAUGCUUGGGUUGAAAAAAAUGCAACAUCUCAAGCUUUCCCUGCACCUCACAACAUUUCCUGGAAAGAGAGCAACGAUGACUUAGCUCAACAAUCUCCCCUCCCUGGGCCCUGGCCCCAGAAAUAAAAAGCUGACUUUUGAGAUGAA